AAAAUCCAGAGUCCGGAUCGUAAAAUGAGCGAAAAGCCAAAGCCAACGGCCUGAUUCAGUCAUUUGGAAUCCCAAACACAUCUUCUACUACCUUCCUCUUACUCAAAAUACCCAUGGCGGACCGCUUCUUCCCCAACUCCAUGCCCGAAUUCGUACCCGAAACGGCGCCGUCUACCCCUCUUGAACAACAAGAAGCCGUUACUGUCGGCGACUCACUCCCGAAGCUGCUGGCCAUGCCCCACGCCCCACUCUGGGAGCGUCUCAAACGCGCUGCCCUCGACCUCAAAGAAACCAUAGUGGUGGAGACUUGGGGGUUAUCGGGCCAGCGCGCACGUGACUUCACUCUCUAUUGCGGCCUCCUCGGCACAGCUUUUCUUCUCCUCAAAUCGUACCACGUGACCGGAAACGCAAAUGACCUUGCGCUGUGUUCCCAAGUUGUGAAGGCUUGCGACGCUGCUUCUGCCACCUCCAGGGAUGUGAGUUUCCUUUGUGGGCGUGCUGGUGUGUGCGCCCUUGGGGCUGUGGCUGCGAAGCUCGCUGGGGAUGAUGAGUCCUUGAGGUACUACUUGGCUCAAUUUGAAAAGAUUAAGCUACCAAGAAGUCUUCCUGACGAGUUGCUAUAUGGGAGGGUAGGUUUUCUUUGGGCAUGUUUAUUCUUAAACAAGCAUCUUGGUCAGGGGACAGUUCCGUUCACUUACACCCGUGUGGUUGUGGAUGAAAUCAUAAAGAACGGAAGGGCAAUGGGUAGAAAAUUGGGAAGAUGCCCAUUGAUGUUCGAAUGGUAUGGAGAGAAGUAUUGGGGUGCUGCACAUGGACUUGCUGGGAUUAUGCAUGUCUUGAUGGAUAUGGAUUUAAAGCCAGAUGAGCUUGAGGACGUCAAGGGCACCCUUAAAUAUAUGAUACACAAUCGCUUUCCAAGUGGAAACUAUCCUGCUAGCGAAGAUGAUAGGAAGAGAGAUGUCCUUGUGCACUGGUGUCAUGGGGCUCCUGGAGUGGCCCUCACACUUGUCAAAGCAGCUAAGCUUUUUGGAGAUAAGGAAUUCUUGGAUGCUGCUAUAGAAGCUGCAGAGGUUGUUUGGAACCGUGGUCUACUUAAGCGAGUUGGGAUUUGCCAUGGUAUUAGUGGGAAUGCAUAUGUCUUCUUGUCACUAUACCAACUAACCAGGGAUGCAAAGUAUUUAUACAGGGCCAAAGCUUUUGCUUGCUUUUUGCUUGAGAGAGCUCAUAAGCUGAUAUCACAAGGUGAAAUGCAUGCAGGUGAUACACCAUAUUCCUUGUUUGAAGGGCAAGGAGGUAUGGCUUAUCUCUUCUUUGACAUGAUUGACCCUACUCAAUCUAAAUUCCCAGCUUAUGAACUAUGAGAAACAACAUAUUAUGUAAGGGAGGCCUUUAUGUAUGAUGUAAAAUCAAUGUAAAUGGAAAUGUGAAUAAAAUGACUAAACGAGAGUCUUAGACAUGAUA